GAUAAAUACCUAGAGAACAAGAUUGAGAGGAAGGGAAAUAAACAAUUUAUCCAAAAAUCUAAGUGAAAGAAAAAAAAAAUGGGAAGAGCACCGUGCUGCGACAAGACGGCUGUGAAGAAAGGGCCAUGGUCGACGGAGGAAGACGCGGUGCUUAAGUCUUUCAUCGAAAAAAACGGCACCGGCAACAACUGGAUUUCCCUCCCUCAGAGAAUUGAUAACGACAUCAAAAACUAUUGGAACACGAGGCUGAAGAAGAAGCUAAUGAGCAAGCAAGGGAAGGCAUUUCAUCAACAACUUAAUGUCAAAUUCGAGCGUGGAACAACAUCAUCAUCAUCGACUCAGAACCAGAUCCAAAUGUUUCAUGAUGAGAACACCAAAUCAAACCAAACAUUAUAUAAUCAAGUGGUGGAUCCAUCAAUAACAUCCUUCCCCAUAGAAGAACAAAGCAUGAUCAAGAAUCCGAUGUUGGAACCAUUUUAUUGGGAACCAAACAAGGUUUUGUUUGAUCUUGAUCAUGAUGCAGGUGCUUCGUCUUAUCAUCAUCAUUCAUCCCCAUCAUUGAACUCGAUGAGCAGUAGUAGUAGUAUUGGUACUAAUUCAUCUCUACAAAUGUCUUACUACACCUCCAAUCACAAUGAUCAUGGUGAUCAACAAGAUAUGUUCUUUAUGGCCGGUUUUGAGAAUUUCCAGGCCGAGCUAUUUGAUGAGAUAGCCAACAACAACACGGGAGAAAUCGGGUUUCAUGGAACCGAGAUACCGAACAACAACUACUUGGAUCACGAUAUUAGCUCCUUCAUUGAUUAUCCUCUAUACGAUAAUGAGUAGAUGAUGAAUUAAUUAAAUCUUUAUUUGAUACAGAUAUGAUAUGCCAAUGUACUUAGGUUAAAUCAUGUGUUUUUAAUUUGUGUGUGUUAUCUCUUAGAAUGUUGAAGGCGUGAAAGAACCAAAACCCUAGAAGUGUAUUACAUAAAGAUUUUUGCUUUUUGCAAUAUGAAUAAAUGAUGAUAUCGUUU